AUGUCGAAGAAGAUGAUCGAGUUGAAGAGCUCCGAUGGUGAUUCGUUUACGAUCGACGAAGAUGUCGCAACCCAAUCGCAGACGCUAAAGAAUAUGGUUGACGACGAUUGCGUGAAGACCACAAUCCCGCUUCAGAUCACAAGCAAGAUCCUGAAGAUAGUGAUCGAGUACUGCGAGAAGCACAAGCACGUCGUCGUUUCUGAUUCUUCGACCGUAGAAGAGAGCAAAGAAGAUCUCAAGAAGUGGGACGCUGAGUUCAUGAAGACGAUUGAACAUUCUAUCCUCUUUGAUGUGAUGAUGGCUGCGAAUUAUCUCAACAUCCAAAGCCUUCUUGAUCUCACAUGUCAAACUGUCGCCGAUUUGCUCUCAGCAGGCAAGACUCCAGAAGAGCUUCGUGCACAGUUCAACAUCGUGAAAGAUUUAACAGAUGAGGAAGAAGCUGAUAUUCGCUGGGAGAACCAAUGGGCUUUCGAGUGAGAGCUACUGAUCGAUAUCAAAAAGUUCUUGAUCGAUGUACCUGGUGACUUCUUUUAGUGUGUGCGUUUUCAGUUUUAUUCAUGCAACGUAGAUGAUGACUUCGUCUAUAUCUCUCUUCUUUUAGUGUGUGGGUUUUCAGUUUUAUUCAUGCAAUGUAGAUGAUGAAGACUUCGUCUAUAUCUCUCUUCUUUUAGUGUGUGCGUUUUCAGUUUUA